AUGGCUGAUAAAGAUAAAAAGAACGAUAAAGGAUUGUUCGGUGGAAUAUUUAGUGGUGGCAAAAAACCGAAAGGAAGCAAAGGAAGUAAGCAAAAAGAGGAAAAAUCUGGGACAAUACAUGCAAAAACCAAAGUGUCCGUGAUCCAGCCUAUUAGUGAAGCGUUAGAAAAAGAAAUUGCGUCUUUAAAUGAUUUGCCGGAUACGGAAAUUACACGUCGAUUUGAAAAGAUGUUGGAUGAUAUGAAUCUGUCAGAAGCUCAUCGAGCGCCAAUACGUAUGCGUGUCCAAGAUAGACAAGGCAAAAUGGAAAUGCUAAUAUCACACAUGCGAAGAACAGGAGUUAUUGAUGACCAAGUAUCAACAGAUCGACCUCAAAGUCCGAAAGAUUAUGUUACAGUAUUGGAACGUUUAGACUCUUCAGAACAUUUACUGAAAACACUCUAUGCUUUGAGAGUAUCCUUAACUGGUCAACCGAUAAGCUGGCUGCAAGGUUUUGGUAUGGAAGGUGCAGAACAAAUUGUGAGGCAUCUGGAGCAAUGUUUGAAGAGUCAUGAUGUCGCUAUGGAAGCUCUAACAUUAGCCGCGGAAGAAAAAGGUGUUGGCAUUCAAAGAUUUGAACCCAUUAUACCAUGUUUAACCAAGGCAGAAAACCCUAGUGCCAAGAUUGCUUGUAUUCAAUUUGUUAACGCUAUUGUGGCAACACCAAGCGAUCUUUAUUUUCGAACACAUCUUCGAAAUGAAAUUAUGAAAAUUGGCUUCAGUGACGCUUUACAACCGUUGCGGGAAUUGGACAUAGAAGAUUUAACUGUACAAUUAGAUAUUUUCGAUGAGCACAGAGAGGAAGACUUCAUAGAGUUGUGCCAUCAUUUCGAUGAUGGUCUAGUAGACAAGGCGAAGGUUGAAGAAUUUGACUCUAAAAUAGGAGUCCUCGAGAGGCAGGUAGAAAUUCAAGAAACGAAGAGAUUAGAAGUGGAAACGAAAUUAAAUCAAGUGCAAGACAACUUAGUCAAGAGUACAGAGAAAUACGAAAGAGAAGUUAAGGAUUUACAGCAACAAUUGGUUGGAAGUGCAGAAGCACUAGCAAAGGCAAAACAGCAAAUUGAAUUGGCCGAAGCAAAGGUUGCCGAAUUGUCGAAAGCAAAUGCAUCUGCCAGUGCUGGACCACCACCGCCACCUUCUCCACCUGGAGGCCCAGAAAUGGCUGCACCUCCUCCACCACCUCCUCCGCCUGGAAUGGCUGCACCUCCUCCACCACCUCCGCCACCUGGAAUGGCUGCACCUCCUCCACCACCUCCACCUCCUGGAGCCCCUGGAAUGCCACCACCACCUCCUCCACCUCCUGGUGCUCCCGGAAUGCCACCACCACCACCUCCUGGAAUUCCUGGUGGCCCACCACCUCCACCAGGGUUUAUAAGGCCACCUUCGAAUGUCCCUGAGGGUGUAACACCAAAAAAGAAAUAUCCACGUGGAGUUCCAAUGAAAAGAUGUAACUGGACGAAGAUUAAUCCGCGUAAUAUCAAAAGGAACACGUUUUGGGCUGAAUGUAAAGAUUACAAAUACGAAAGCAACGAUUUAUUUGCUUCAUUAACAACAAACUUUGCAACAAAGCGUAUUGAAGCUAAGAAGACAACAUCAGAAGAUGUGACAGAUCAACCUAGCAAGAAAAGAAUUAAAGAACUACGAGUAUUGGACGGAAAAUCUGCACAAAAUCUUGCAAUUCUUAUAGGAGCAGUAAAAAUGGACUAUGGGCAAUUUAAGCAUGUGAUCUUAAGUGUAGAUGAAUCGCAGUUAUCUUUGCAAACAUUGCAGCAGUUGUCAAAAUAUUUACCAUCUGCAGAACAACUUGGGGUACUAUCAGAAUUAAAAUCAGAUUAUGACAAUCUUAAUGACAUGGAGCAAUUUGCUGUUGUGAUGUCAUCGAUCAAGAGAUUAGGUCCACGCUUGAAUAGUAUGAUAUUUAAAAUGAAGUUUAACGAAGAUAUAGCGGAUAUAAAACCGGAUAUUGUUAAUGUAUCAUCCGCUUGUAAUGAAGUUAAGUCUAGCCAAGGCUUUAAGAGGCUACUGGAAAUGGUAUUACUUAUCGGCAAUUAUAUGAACGCUGGCUCACGCAAUGAGCAGUCUUAUGGUUUCGAAUUAAACUUUUUAACAAAGCUAAGUAAUACAAAAUCGACGGACAACAAAAUGACUUUGUUACACUUCAUUACGAAAAUUGCUGAAGAAAAGUAUCCUGAUAUCUUCGCAUUCCAAUCCGAAUUAGUUCAUGUUGAAAAAGCUUCAAGGGUAUCGGAAGAUUUAGUCCAAGUGGCUUUAAAUUCCCUAAAUAAAGAAUUAAAAAAGCUAGAGGCUGAAGUAGAACACAGCGAACGAUUUACUGAUCCUGAAGAUCGAUUCCAUGAAGUCAUGUCGAUAUCCUAA